ACCGGAAACACGCGACCAUCGUCAUCUGCAGGAAAAAUAACAACAAAACAUUUCGUCACUGUGUAGCUUUGUUGGAGACAUUUUAACAGUGUCGAGCGCUUUUAAUCUUUAACUCGUGUUCUGCCAUCGCUUCAUGGGUGCCUAGCCCUGGGUUUUCUUCUAAGCUAUAUCUACCUGGUAACAUCAGCCUAACGUCACUCCUCCAACAUGGCCCAACCGAGAGGAGUCAACAGUCUACAGUUCAACCAGGACCAGAGUUGUUUCUGUUGUGCCAUGGAAACCGGUGUCAGGAUCUACAAUGUGGAGCCUCUUAUCGAGAAGGGGCAUCUUGACCAUGAGCAGGUGGGUAGUGUGGCCCAGUGUUCAAUGCUGCAUCGCUCCAACCUGCUGGCUGUAGUAGGAGGUGGAGUCAACCCCAAGUUCUCUGAGAUCUCAGUGUUGAUCUGGGAUGAUGCUCGGGAGGGGAGGGACCCCAAGGACAAGCUAGUGCUGGAGUUUACCUUUACCAAGCCUGUUCUGGCCGUACGCAUGAGACACGACAAGAUCAUCAUUGUGUUAAAGAACAGGAUCUAUGUCUACAGUUUCCCUGACAACCCUGUGAAACUGUUUGAGUUUGACACCAGAGACAACCCUAAAGGACUGUGUGACCUGUGCCCCAGUCUGGAGAAACAGCUGCUGGUCUUCCCUGGACAUAAGUGUGGAAGUCUACAGCUUGUGGACCUUUCCAACACCAAGCCUGGCACAUCGUCCGCCCCCUUUACCAUCAACGCCCACCAGAGCGAGAUCGCCUGCCUGGCGCUCAACCAGCCUGGCAGCGUCGCGGCCUCGGCCUCCCGCAAGGGUACCCUCAUCAGACUGUUUGAUACUUCCACCAGAGACAAACUAGUGGAGCUGCGCAGAGGAACAGACCCUGCUACACUCUACUGCAUCAACUUCAGUCAUGACUCUUCGUUCCUGUGUGCCUCCAGUGACAAGGGCACUGUUCACAUCUUUGCUCUCAAAGAUACUAAACUCAACAGACGCUCAGCAUUGGCUCGUGUGGGGAAGGUGGGCCCAGUGAUUGGUCAGUAUGUGGACAGCCAGUGGUCAUUGGCCAGUUUCACCGUUCCGGCAGAGUGUGCCUGUAUCUGUGCGUUUGGGAAGAACACCUCUAAAAACGUCAACUCUGUCAUCGCUAUCUGUGUUGACGGGACGUUCCAUAAAUACGUGUUCACCCCUGAUGGUAACUGUAACCGAGAAGCCUUUGACGUUUACCUGGACAUCUGUGAUGAUGACGACUUCUGAGAGGAUGGAGAGAGGGGAGAAGGAGAGCGGGAGAGAGAGAGGGGGGUGGGCAGGGGAGAAGAGACCUGGUGAUAAAUGUGAUAAUGGUAGGUUGGAUUUAGAAUCAGACAGAGGUGAAGCAGAUGUUGUACAGAACUAAAUACAGGUGUGUGAAAAUGGUCUGUUUAACGCGAUUGCCACGUGUUCUUAUUGUAACCAAGUGUAUUUAAAAAUGUAUGAAGAUUAAAAACAUUUUUACGAUGA